UGGACAAACAGAUACCUUUUAGAAAACCCCAUACAACGAUCGCAACAGCAGAUACAUUAAAAACAUAUCUAUUGAAAAACGGGAUCCCUGGAGCUUGGUUUUUGCUGUAAAUCAGUUUUAAACCAGUCAUCGAGAUGAAGUUCGUCAGGUUUAUUAUGAAGAAUGCGGCUUUGGCCAAUGCGCCUCAACACAUCGAGCACUUUUCCAAAUUUUCGCCCUCACCACUUUCAAUGAAACAAUUUAUCGAUUUCGGUUCGACUAACGCGUGUGAGAAGACGUCUUUUGUUUUUCUGAGACAAGAGCUGCCUGUACGUCUGUCAAACAUCAUGAAGGAAAUCAACUUUCUCCCCAAAAAACUACUUACAACUCCUUCUGUGCAGAUGGUUCAAAGCUGGUACAUUCAGAGUUUAAUGGAGAUCUUGGAAUUCUUGGAUAAAAGUCCGGAAGACCACAGUGCAUUAGAAGAGUUUGUGAAUGCCUUGGUCAACAUCCGAAACAGGCACAACGAUGUCGUACCCACUAUGGCCCAAGGUGUGAUUGAAUACAAAGAGGUUUUUGAUCAAGAUCCAGUAACCAAUCAGAAUAUUCAGUAUUUCAUGGACCGUUUCUACAUGAGCCGAAUAUCUAUCAGAAUGCUCAUCAACCAGCACACUCUUGUUUUUGAUGGUGCCACAAAUCCAGUUCACCCAAACACCAUCGGCAGUAUAGACCCUUAUUGUAAGGUGGCAGAAGUUGUUAAAGAUGCCUAUGAAAGUGCCAAGAUGCUGUGUUAUCAAUAUUACCUCAGUUCUCCUGACAUGGUGUUGCAAGAACUUAACACUAAUAAUAGGAACCAGCCUAUCAACAUAGUGUAUGUGCCUUCCCAUCUCUACCAUAUGCUGUUUGAACUGUUCAAGAAUGCAAUGAGAGCAACCAUUGAAAAUCAUAAAGAAGGCAGCAGUCUUCCACCUAUUCAAGUUAUGGUGGCCAUUGGAGGAGAAGACCUCACUAUUAAGAUGAGUGACUUAGGUGGUGGAGUUCCUUUCAGGAAGAUGGAGAAUCUCUUCAGCUACAUGUACUCCACAGCCCCUACCCCUCAGAUGGACGAGAAACAAAGAGCUCCUCUGGCUGGGUUUGGUUAUGGGCUGCCCAUCUCGCGGCUCUAUGCCAAGUACUUCCAGGGUGAUCUCCAGCUCUACUCAAUGGAGGGCCAUGGCACUGAUGCAGUCAUCCACUUAAAGGCGUUAUCCACUGACUCGGUUGAGAGACUCCCAGUAUUUAACAAGACAGCUCGACGGAACUAUGAAGUGAGCCAGGGGGCAGAUGAUUGGUGCGUCCCCAGCAAAGAGCCUCUGGACCUGGCCGUGUUCCGGCUGGCAAAGUGAGAAGUGAACGCACCUCCAGAAGGAAUAUAGUACAGCUCCAUGACUGACAGGAGUGAGGGGGAUGGACAUGUUGGGCCCGGACGGUGUCCGCCUGGCCUGGCCCCAACUCUGCACUCACUGUGAAUCCGCGUAAUCUCUCUACAAUACUGUAGUUGUCGCAUGCAACGGUUUCAUUUACUUCUUUGAUUUCAGAAAGUAGAUUUUGUCACUGUGUUACCUGCAGACCAUAGCAGAGCACCACUUUAUUCUGUAUUAAAUCACUCUUCCAUCUUUGGAAGAUUUCAGAUGUCUCGUGGGUCAGAGGGGAAAUCUACAGCAGUGUAAAAAAAAGGGGUGUGGCCCACUAGGCUGGAUUUUGGACCUAGCACAUAACAACAGACCUGUGCUAAGGAAUUCAGAUGACAGGGCUAUAAAAGUCAAUAUCAAACGUAUGGGAUAAUAUAUGUUAGAGUGUACUUGAAGAACAGAAUGUAAAAACCGCAUGAGCAUCACAACACUCCUAAUUAUAUGACUGACUUUGAUCGUGCAAAUGUAGAGUACAAAAUGUACUACAUAAAGUAUUUUUACUGUGAGAUUAAGCGGAGAUUGUAAUAUCACUGCAUACUGUAUGAGAUUCAAGUGUGUUGCCAAACAAGUCUGUCUCAUAGUUUUGCUUUCAAUGUAUAAAAUGGGAUCACAGAUGUGUAAAGAACCAGAAUGUAUUUUACCACUAAUCUCUUUGUUUAAACUUGAAACAUUUCAUGUUCGCAGCAUGUAUGUCCAAAGCUUGGCAAACAGUGUUUUGGUCAUUUGUGUUCUUAAACACAUUAAAGCAGUUUAGAUACCUCAUCGAGAGUUAGUUUGCCAACGGUAAGACCUUUGUUUAGUUUUUUCAGCCUUAGUUUUGGAUGAAACAAAGGUCACAUGCAAGAAAGUCAUGAUUUCAAAUGAGCAACUUUAAGCCUUAUUUUUGGGAGCAUGUAAUGUUUGUUACCUGUUACCUCACACAUAAGGACCGUGUUUUAUGUAUUUAAUUGUUUUGUUGUCAUCUAAAACAAAUUAACACUAUAAAAUCUAAGAUGUAUUUUUGUAUUACGUAUUCCAUCUAAAACAAAUGUUGUAUAUGGAAUUGAAAUAAACACUUCUGUGAAUAAUGAA